AUGACUUUGUCAAGUCGGCAAAAUGUUUUGCAGACAUUUUUUCCCAUUUCUGAUGGCCACGGGGGCCCAGAAGCGGGCGAUUUCGCAAGGAACAACUUAUGGCAAAAACUAACGCAACAGAAAGGGUUUUAUUCAGAAGACCCAUUUCAGAUCGUCAAAGCAAUUAAAGAUGGUUUUGUCUAUGUACACAAGGAAAUGUGGAAACAGAUCUAAAAUAACUUGUGGUAUAGUUUAUAAAAAGUGAAAAAAAUCCCAAGAGAAAGUGACCUUUUUGAGCGAAGCUACAGUUGUGUUACAGGGGACAGGGCUGUUGACAAUUUGAGUGCUCUCUUAUUUUAAACACCUAUUUCAGACUUUAAGUAAAGCUAUAUAAAUGUUAAAAGCAGACGAACAAUAAAGAAUGAAUACAAUUUAGACAAAACAACUUUAUUCACCAUAGAGUUCUAGGAAUUGCUUGAAAUAUUCUGACAAACAUAUCACUUCAAUUCAAUUCGUUUUAACAGAUGUUGUGCGAAGGACCUUCGCUAGUGAAAUUUUUUUCAAUGGUAGGUGAAAAAGCGUUUGAAUGGAGAUGAUGUUCUUCCAAGGAGACCAGUAUCGCUAUAAGAUCUCUCCUGAUCAAGUUAAAGACGGCGUCAGUGCAAUGGAGGAUUACUUACAAUCUAUUGCUGAGAGAACCCCAGCAGGGACAGGGUUACCACUCAUCAGCAAGUUAAAAAUUCCCUGAAUUUUCACUGACCUUUCAUUCAAGAGAAACAAUCGAUGUUUACGUUCGCUUUAGCUUUUUGUUCAGGCUACUGAUAUUUUUCUCUUCAUUUACAAGCUCUUUCCACUCUUUGCAGAAAGAGGAAAAAAGAAUUUGGAAGAAAGAAUUAACAAUGAAAACCACUGACCACAACUAUCACAUGUGUCAGGCAUAG